CACUCAUAUUCAACUGCCUAAAAUUCGCUCCAAAUCCUCUUCAUAUCCGACGAAGCCCCAUAAUCCCCUGCUCAACCAGUCAUCCUCCAUCUCUUGCCAGCGCACUUUGAAAACGAGUGAAAGCAUCCCAAUAUGGCCGCGGUGAGAGCUAUCUCUGCAACCAAAGAUGUUACUUUCAGUUCUCAAAGGGAGGAAGAGGAGUUAGUUAAGAAUGAUGACAUGAAAAACAAGGCUGCACUUGGUGAUGAUCAACCAAGCCUAAGCCAGCUUCCCGAAGGUGAUGAUCAGAAUGCGGAGGAGGGUGACCUAGAUGAAGAGGAUGAUGAGGUUGCCGCAUUGAAAUCUGAAAAGGAAUUGGUCCUUGGCCCUCAGUUUUCUCCCAAGGAGCAGCUUGAGAAAGAUAAAGAUGAUGAGAGUUUGAGGAAACGGGAGGAACAACUUCUUGGGAGUGUUGAUCUCUCUACUGCUGGAGAGAGCAAAGAACCAGAAGUGAAGGUCUUAAGCCUCACAAUCAUGUGCCGGGGCCGGCCGGAUCUUGUCUUCCCAAUUCCAUUCACAGAAAAAUCCAAGAGCAGCCUCUUCACACUCAAAGACGGAUGCCAUUACCACAUCAGGUUUACAUUUACUGUCUCCAAAAACGUAGUCUCAGGCCUCAAGUACACCAAUACAGUGUGGAAGACUGGUGUCAGAGUGGACAACUCAAAAAGAAUACUUGGAACUUUUAGCCCUAGGCAAGAUCCUUAUACAUAUGAGACUGAAGAAGAAACUGUCCCUUCAAGCAUGUUUGUCAGGGGCAGGUAUUGUGUGAGAACAAAAUUUGUGGAUGAUGAUGGAAAAUGCUACUUGGACAUGAGUUACUACACUGAAAUCCAGAAGAACUGGCCAAAAUCCUCUUGAAACUUUCCAUCUGUUAUGAGCAUUGGCUUGGUCAUCAAAAUCAAAUGGUCAUGUUUAAUUAGUGUAUCUCUCCAUUUGUACUUUCUUGUCAGCUUUGGGUUUGGUACUAAAUGCUUCAAAUGAGCACUUUCAGUGAAUAAUGUUUGUGUCUUGUAAUCAUACUUGGCACAAUAAUGCAAUCCAUAUUUGUAUUCAA